AUGUUGCGCGCAACACUCUUCUUGCUUGUCGCUUCGACAGCGGCAGAGCAUGUCCGCGAGUUCAGCGUCAGAGAAAAUGCACGCGCCGGCACUCUCGUCGGUCACCUCGGUGAUGAAUUACCAGAUGCCGCACCACCUUAUACGAUAGUGCCAGUUCCAGGCAGUGCAGUCAAUGAUGACCUCAAAAUAGAUCCCCACACGGGAGAAAUAAGGACUAGAGUGCCUCUAGACAGAGAGAAUAGGGAUCAUUAUGCGCUUGUUGCUAUCCCUGCCAGUGGGGAUAACGUCCGCGUUGUUGUUCGCGUGUCUGAUGAAAACGACAAUGCUCCCACCUUCCCUUCCCCAGUUAUGAAUGUUGAGUUUUCGGAGAAUACUCCUAGAGACGUUAAAAGAAAGCUCAAUCCAGCCAAAGAUCGUGAUUUAGGAGUAUUUAACACGCAGAGGUAUAAUAUUGUAUCCGGAAAUACGGAUAACGCGUUUAGAUUAUCCUCUCAUAGAGAGCGCGAUGGUGUUCUUUAUUUAGAUCUUCAAAUUAAUGGCUUUCUUGAUAGAGAGACCACUGACCACUAUGAAUUGGUCAUAGAAGCGCUAGAUGGUGGGACUCCGCCUUUAAGAGGGACCAUGACUGUAAAUAUUACCAUAUUAGAUGUAAAUGAUAAUCCACCUGUGUUUGCUGAAAGUGCAUAUUCAGCUAUGAUACCGGAAAAUGCCACAGUUGGCACAGCUGUAUUGAAAGUUUUCGCAAUAGAUUCAGAUGCUGGUGACAAUGGACUGAUAGAAUACUCGAUAAAUAGACGGCAGAGUGAUAAAGAGAAUAUGUUUAAGAUAGAUCCUAAUACGGGAGAGAUAACUGUGAACAAGGCUUUAGAUUUCGAGACCAAAGAAUUGCAUGAAUUGGUUGUGGUGGCUAGAGACAAAGGUGCUCAACCUCUAGAAACAACUGCAUUUGUUUCCAUCCGGGUAACCGAUGUUAAUGAUAACCAACCAACAAUUGAUGUCAUUUUUCUGAGCGAUGACGCCACGCCUAAAAUAUCAGAAUCUGCACAGCUUGAUGAAUUUGUAGCGAGAAUAUCAGUCCAUGAUCCUGAUUCAAAAACAGAAUACGCAAAUGUAAAUGUUACGUUAAGUGGUGGUGACGGUCAUUUCGAUUUGCGGACGCACGAUAACAUAAUAUAUUUAGUUGUAGUAGCUUUACCCUUAGACAGAGAGUCCCAAUCCUCUUAUACUUUGAAUGUAGUCGCAACCGAUAAAGGUUCCCCUCCCUUGCAUGCAUCGCGAAUUAUUAGUCUCCGCGUUACUGAUGUAAACGAUAACCCUCCAACUUUCUUAGAAAGUGAAUAUAAAACUAGUGUCCCUGAAGCCGCCCCACCCGGUACACCUGUCCUUCAAGUAUCCGCCAGCGAUGCGGAUGAAGGAGAAAAUUCCGAAAUUAGAUAUACUUUACUUCCAACACCGCAAUCAGAUUGGUUCUCAAUAGAUGAGCGUUCCGGUCUAGUAACAACGCGGGCUCGUGUUGAUUGUGAAACAAAUCCUAUGCCGAGGUUAACAGUGGUCGCAAGUGAUCGUGGUACUCCUCCUCUAUCCUCCACAGCCACGUUACUAGUGACAGUGUUAGAUGUGAAUGAUAAUGAGCCGAUCUUCGACCAGUCCUUCUACAACGUGACAGUCUCCGAGAAUGAAGCCGUCGGCAGCUGCAUUUUAAAGGCCGUUAAAUUACGAUACGAGCCUCCAUCACUGAGCGAACGCACAAUUAGUCAU